AUGGGGCUGCUGUCUCACCUCUGCCUUACUCCCCACAGAUUACAAAGUGGGAUGAACCUUCAGAUUUGCUUCGUGAACGACAGUGGCAGUGACAAGGACAGCGAUGCCGACGACAGCAAGACAGAAACCAGCCUGGACACGCCGUUGUCACCCAUGAGCAAGCAGAGCUCAUCCUACUCCGACAGAGACACGACGGAGGAAGAGUCGGAGUCCCUCGACGACAUGGAUUUCCUCACCAGGCAAAAGAAACUCCAAGCUGAAGCCAAAAUGGCCUUGGCUAUGGCGAAGCCCAUGGCCAAAAUGCAGGUCGAGGUGGAAAAGCAGAACAGGAAGAAAUCGCCAGUAGCAGAUCUUCUGCCACAUAUGCCUCAUAUAAGUGAAUGCCUGAUGAAGAGAAGUUUAAAACCCACUGAUCUAAGAGACAUGACUAUCGGGCAGCUACAAGUGAUAGUCAAUGAUCUCCACUCACAGAUAGAAAGCUUGAACGAGGAGCUGGUGCAGCUGCUGCUCAUCCGGGACGAGCUGCACACGGAGCAGGAUGCCAUGCUGGUGGACAUCGAGGACCUGACCAGACACGCCGAAAGUCAGCAGAAGCACAUGGCAGAGAAGAUGCCGGCAAAAUGAACCCCGGAGCCCCGGGAGCAGAGCUCGAGCGAGACUUCAUUUUGCUUCUGUGUGUGUCCAAGCGCUGAUGUCCACGGUGGCGCCGAGAAAAGCAGUGUUAGUCAUUGACCAUGUCUGAAGCUUUAUGUCCGGUGAUUGGCCUCUGCUUCUUAAUUUAUUUUAAUUUUUUUACUCGUGCCACUAAAUAUCAGGCAUUUUAAUAAUAUUAUUACAAAAAAAUGUACAGUACUUAUAACAUUAUAAAUCAUGGGUGAGAAGAGAGGGUAGUUUAACUUUAUUUUUGUUUGUUUAGAGAUUUUCAGUUGAACGAUAUUUUGCCAUUGACUACUUUUUUAUUCUUCACUGUAGUUUUAAAAUAAAGAAACUGUACUUGACGG